CCGCGCGCUCUCACGUGACCCUGCCCGAGUGAGGGCGGUGGGAGGCGGAAGUGGGAGAGGAGUUGGAAACCGCUUCUGUGGCCACGGCAGGCCUGUCUGAUCUUUGGCUGAAAGGUAGACUUUGGAGUGGCCUCAAGUCUGAGUUAGCAGCGUGUCCGGGGACCAAGUCUCGAGGGUUCCUCCAGUCUCUGUCAGAUCAUUUCAUGGUAAUGACAUGGCAUCUGCCAGCUCCAGCCGGGCAGGAGUGGCCCUGCCUUUUGAGAAGUCUCAGCUUACUUUGAAAGUGGUGUCAGCAAAGCCCAAGGUGCAUAAUCGUCAACCUCGAAUUAACUCCUUUGUGGAAGUGGCAGUGGAUGGCCUUCCCAGUGAGACCAAGAAGACUGGGAAGCGAAUUGGGAGCUCUGAGCUUCUCUGGAAUGAGAUCAUCAUUUUGAAUGUCACGGCCCAGAGUCAUUUAGAUUUGAAGGUCUGGAGCUGCCAUACCUUGAGAAAUGAACUUCUAGGCACCGCCUCUGUCAACCUCUUCAAUGUCCUGAAGAACAAUGGGGGUAAAAUGGAGAACACCCAGCUGACCCUGAACCUGCAGACGGAGAACAAAGGCAGUGUUGUCUCAGGCGGAGAGCUGACAAUUUUCCUGGACGGGCCGACUGUUGAUCUGGGAAGUGUGCCUAAUGGCAGUGCUGUGACAGACGGGUCACAGCCACCUUCGAGAGAAUCCAGUGGGACAGCUGUAGCUCCAGAGAACCGACACCAGCCUCCCAGCACUAACUGCUUUGGUGGGAGAUCUCGGACGCACAGACAUUCAGGUGGUUCAGGCAGAACAACCACAGGAUCCAACGAGCAGAGCCCUGGUACUAGGAACCGGCACCGCCAGCCCAUCAAGAACCCAAGUCACAAUGGCUUGCCCAAUGGCACAGUGAGUGACGAACCCGCUUCAGCCACUGACCCUGAAGAACCCUCUGUUGUUGGUGUGACAUCCCCACCUGCUGCAGUGUCGAGUGUGACUCCAAACCCCAAUGCAGCCUCUCUUCCUGCUCCGGCCACACCAGCUGAAGGAGAGGAGCCAGGCACCUCGGGCACUCAGCAGCUCCCAGCGACUGCCCAGGCCCUUGAUGCUCUGCCUGCUGGAUGGGAGCAGCGAGAGCUGCCCAAUGGGCGUGUCUAUUAUGUUGACCACAAUACCAAGACCACCACCUGGGAACGGCCUCUUCCUCCAGGCUGGGAAAAACGUACGGAUCCCCGAGGCAGGUUUUAUUAUGUGGACCACAACACUCGGACCACCACCUGGCAGCGCCCUACAGCGGAGUAUGUGCGGAACUACGAGCAGUGGCAGUCACAGCGGAAUCAGCUCCAGGGGGCCAUGCAGCACUUCAGCCAAAGAUUCCUCUACCAGUCUUCGAGUGCUUCGACCGACCAUGAUCCACUGGGCCCCCUCCCUCCUGGCUGGGAGAAGAGGCAGGACAAUGGACGGGUGUAUUACGUGAACCAUAACACCCGCACUACCCAGUGGGAGGACCCUCGGACUCAGGGGAUGAUCCAGGAGCCAGCUCUGCCCCCAGGGUGGGAGAUGAAAUACACCAGUGAGGGGGUACGAUAUUUUGUGGACCACAAUACUCGCACCACCACCUUUAAGGAUCCUCGCCCGGGGUUUGAAUCUGGGACGAAGCAAGGUUCCCCAGGCGCCUAUGACCGAAGUUUUCGGUGGAAGUAUCACCAGUUCCGCUUUCUCUGCCAUUCAAAUGCUCUACCCAGCCAUGUGAAGAUCAGCGUUUCCAGGCAGACUCUUUUUGAGGAUUCUUUCCAACAGAUCAUGAACAUGAAACCCUACGACCUGCGCCGCCGGCUCUAUAUCAUCAUGCGCGGUGAGGAGGGCCUGGACUACGGAGGCAUUGCCAGAGAGUGGUUCUUCCUCCUGUCCCACGAGGUCCUCAACCCCAUGUAUUGUUUAUUUGAAUAUGCCGGGAAGAACAAUUACUGUCUGCAGAUCAACCCUGCCUCCUCCAUCAACCCCGACCACCUCACCUACUUCCGCUUCAUUGGCAGAUUCAUUGCCAUGGCUCUGUACCAUGGAAAAUUCAUUGACACCGGCUUCACCCUUCCUUUCUAUAAGCGAAUGCUCAACAAGAGACCAACCCUGAAAGACCUGGAGUCCAUCGAUCCUGAAUUCUACAACUCUAUCAUCUGGAUCAAAGAAAACAACCUAGAAGAAUGUGGCCUAGAGCUGUACUUCAUCCAGGACAUGGAGAUCCUGGGCAAGGUGACAACCCAUGAAUUGAAAGAAGGGGGUGAGAGCAUCCGAGUCACAGAGGAGAACAAGGAAGAGUAUAUCAUGCUGCUGACUGACUGGCGUUUCACCCGAGGUGUGGAAGAGCAGACCAAAGCCUUCUUGGAUGGCUUCAAUGAGGUGGCCCCCCUGGAAUGGUUGCGCUACUUUGAUGAGAAAGAGCUGGAGCUGAUGCUGUGUGGCAUGCAGGAGAUAGACAUGAGUGACUGGCAGAAGAACACCAUCUACCGGCACUACACCAAGAACAGCAAGCAGAUGCAGUGGUUCUGGCAGGUGGUGAAGGAGAUGGACAAUGAGAAAAGAAUCCGGUUACUGCAGUUUGUUACUGGAACUUGCCGCCUGCCUGUUGGGGGAUUUGCUGAACUUAUUGGUAGCAAUGGACCACAGAAGUUUUGCGUUGACAAGGUUGGCAAGGAGACCUGGCUGCCCAGAAGCCACACCUGUUUCAACCGUCUGGACCUCCCACCAUACAAGAGCUACGAACAGCUCAGAGAGAAGCUGCUGUACGCUAUUGAGGAGACGGAGGGCUUUGGACAGGAGUAACUGAGGCCGCCUCCCUCCUGCUCCCCCCCCGCCCCCAGCACACAUGUAGUCACGAGUCCUCCCUGCCUGAGAGGCCACUGGCCAUGCAGCCCUUGGGAGGCCUCUGCAGGAUGGUAAUCCUGGGCGGGGACCACACUGUCAUCAUGUUGGUGGCAGCAGAGCCUGACCCCAAGAGGCCCUGCUUGCCAACCCCACCCACCCACUGGUGGCAGUCUAGAAUAAAGCCCACUAGUCACCUUUGGCCCUGUCACCCAUUUGCAAAGUCUGGAGGGCUGACCCUCUCUGCAAAGCUCCCCCGCCGUCUCCCGGAAACAAGCCCUAGGUGUGAGUGUGUAUGCAAGCACAGGUGGGCUGCAGCAGGAGCCCUGUCUCACAGGGUGGUUGCAUGAGAAGGAAAUCAGGCUCUUGGGGUAGCUGUUCUGGACUGGGGAAGCCAACAUUCUUUGCCAGUAAAGAAGGUUUUGUUUGAAAUAGAACUUUCCAGAGAUCUGCAUGAAAUGAAGGUCUCAUGACCUCUGGGUCUUGGUUUCCCUCCCUUGCAGGGCUCCAGCCACACAGGUUUAGCAGCGAGGCCCCUCUCUCCACCAGAGGGGGCCAGUCCACUCUUUCGUAGCAAAUAAGGUUGCACAAGCUGCGUAGGUCUCAUGGUGGGGGAGACAGUCAAUUCCCUCAGACGUUCUUCUUCCUUUUAUAUAUAAACUUGAAGCAUUUUAUGUGUAGGGUUGCUUUAUGUUUUGUUUUGGUAUGCUGCUGUCACUUUCUGUCAGGAGCUGGUGCACCAGGUGUUGCUGGGACCUUGAGGGACCCAUCCAGCCCUGUUGGUCCAAGAGCUACUCCUUAUUGGUCCAAAUAGCUACUCCUCUCUGGAAGCCACCAUCAGUUCUGCGAGCUCAGGCAGGCCUGGCCCGGUGGCUCAGUGUCACAGUGGCCUAUUCCCUGACAGAGAGGAAAAGGGUCAGUGUCCGAAGCACCACCCCAACCUUGCCCCUGUAACAGAGAUAGAAUUCCCUUCACUAGAUAAAGCCACCCAGGCAGCCCAAGUGCCUGGGCAGAUGGACCUGUGGAGUUCCUUGCCGCCAGCCCCUGGGGCUCCCAGCAGGCUCAUCAGUCCCCUGUUCAGAGUGAAGUGUGUUGCAGCCAGCCUCAGGUGUGUUCGUCUGUGUAGAGUUGAGCCUUUAUCUGCAUGCAGGAAAUGAUGUCUUUGAAAAGCAGCUGAAGGGCUCAGAGUUGCUGCAAAAGGUCUGGUCUGAUUUCUGGAGCUCCCACCAGCCUCUGAUAUGGGCAUCCUGGCAUUCACUGAAAUCUUGAAGGACAACAUACUCCACUGGGAUGCUGGCAUAGUGAUGGUUGUGGCAUCCCCUGGCCAGGCCCCCAGGGUCCCAGUGCUUGAUUGUCCCAGGUCCCUGCAAUAGGCUCUCGGACUGGUCGUGGAAACCUGCUGAGCAUUGGCUCACUUUCCCAGAUCCUCAUCCUCUCCCUGGGCCCAUGAAGGGUGAACCACGUGCCCGCUUGUGCUUGUGUGCUGAGCUGAGUGACCCAGCUCCCUGCAGCUCAGCCUUUCUUCCUCUCAGUUGUUUGCUGCGAUUCAUUACAGCAUCUUAGCACACAGGGUGCUACAUUGGGUAGGUUGGGGUGGGAGCUGCUGUGCAAGAUUUGAAUGCAGCAGGCUCAUGGGUGUUCAGAGAGUGUGUGUGUUUGUGUACAUAUGUGUAUAUAACUGCAGUGUUUGUAUGGAGUGCCCUUCGGUCGCACUGGGUUGGUCACCAGAUUGUUUUGUAAUGCCUGCCCCCUCGCCUCAGUAUUGCCAGUUUCUUGUGCAAUAAACAAUCAGCAGCCGUG